AUGGUCAUCGCAGCCACUGUGGCUUGCCUGAGCCUCACUAGGCCCUUAUUGCCUGAGCCUCGGGCCCUCACAGUGACAGCGGCCAUCGGCGGCUUGCUGGAGCCCCGGGCUGGCCCUGGGCAAGUGGCAGUGGCCAUUGGCGGCUUGCUGGAGCCCUGGACCAAACCUGAGCAAGCAGCAGUGGCCAUCGGUGGCUUACAAGAGGGCCAGGUGCGCACUCCCGGUGACCGGCCGCCGCGACCGGCCGCCGCUGCAGAUCUGAGCGCCAUCACAGUGACCUCGGACCAGCCCGCCACAGCGCAACGGGCACACCGGAGCCUCGCCGAGUCCGCCGCACAGCGAGUUCCUCGGCAGCCGCACCGGAACUUUGAGAAAAUGGCCGGAGGAAUUGCUGAGAACGAAUUGACAGAUGGGAGUUGGGAUUGGGAAGAUGAGGCCCAGCACAUGAAAUAUGUAAUACUUGACCCAAAAGAUGAAGAUCCAUCUAUGUUAAAGGAGAUAUGGAGUUUCAUUGUUCCCUCUUUACUUCACCCACACAUCACUUUUGAAAGUCAUUGUGAAAGCCACAGCAUUUUUAAAGAUGGAACUCGUGAUUUGCAGGGCCAGAAUUGCACACUGACAAGCGGGACCAUCCUAAAAGGACUCCAGUCCAUUUUCCAGGAGCAGGGGAUGACCGAGUCGGUGCACACCUGGCAGGACCAUGGCUACUUAGCGACCUACAUAACAAAAAAAGACAGCUUUGCCAAUCUGAGAAUUUAUCCACAUGGAUUGGUGUUGCUGGACCUUCAGAGUUACGACGGCGAUGCACAAGCCAAAGAAGUUGACAGUCUUUUGAAUAAAGUAGAAGAAAGAAUCAAAGAAUUGAGUCAGGACACAACUGGGUGGGUGAAGCGAUUACCAUGCAUAGUUCGAGGAGGGACCAUUGACAGGUACUGGCCCACUGCUGAUGGCCGCCUGGUUGAGUAUGACAUAGAUUAAGUGGUGUAUGAUGAAGACUCACCUUAUCAGAACAUUAAAAUUCUGCACUUGAAGCAAUUUGGAAAUAUUCUCAUCCUUAGUGGAGAUGUUAAUCUGGCGGAGAGUGAUUUGGCAUAUACCCGGGCCAUCAUGGGCAGUGGCAAAGAAAAUUACACUGACAAAGACUUGCUGAUUCUGGGAGGUGGAGAUGGGGGCAUUUUAUGUGAAAUAGUCAAACUGAAACCAAAGAUGGUCACUAUGGUAGAGAUUGACCAAAUAGUGAUUGAUGGAUGUAAGAAAUACAUGCGAAAAACAUGUGGUGAUGUCUUAGACAAUCUUAAAGGAGACUGCUAUCAGGUUCUAGUAGAGGACUGUAUUCUGGUACUGAAGAGGUAUGCCAAAGAAGGGAGAGAGUUUGAUUAUGUGAUUAAUGAUUUGACAGCUGUUCCAAUCUCCACAUCUCCGGAAGAAGAUUCCACAUGGGAGUUCCUCAGACUGAUUCUUGAUUUCUCCAUGAAAGUACUGAAACAGGAUGGGAAAUAUUUUACACAGGGGAACUGUGUCAAUUUGACAGAAUCCCUGCCACUCUAUGAAGAACAGCUCCGACACCUGUAUUGUCCUGUGGAAUUCUUAAAGGAGAUCGUCUGGGAAUUGUGGGUAUUUUACAUUGUUUGGAAGAAAGCUAAACCCUGAAGAUCAAUAUCCCCUCAUCACA